AUGUCGAAGUCUCUGAUCCGCAGGGCAAAAAAUGUGGUUAAUGGCUACUCCGGUACGCAAGUGGUACUGCGGGAAGCUACUUCGAACGAUUCAGAUGGACCUUCGGUCGAACUGCUGGACGAAAUCGCAGAUCGGUCUUUUGAUAACGUGAGCUUCUUUGAGAUUAUGGACAUGCUUGACAAGCGGCUGAAUGAUAAAGGCAAGAACUGGCGCCAUGUAGCCAAGUCUCUGACCGUUCUGGACUACCUGGUUCGCUGUGGCUCCGAAAACUGUGUUCCUUGGGUCAGAGAGAAUCUCUACAUCAUCAAAACUCUACGAGAAUUUACCCAUGAAGAUGAGUUUGGAAUUGACCAGGGGCAAAUUGUGCGUGUUAAAGCUCGUGAACUGACAUCGCUGUUGCUGGACGACGAGCGUUUACGCGAAGAAAGACAGCUCAGGCAAAGAGACCGUCGUCCAAGAAGGCGCAGGACCCCGGACAUGGAUGACGACCUGCAACGUGCAUUGGAGGAAAGUAAGCUCACCGCGGAACAAGAAGAAGAAGACAGGCGCAGAAGAUACGAAAUGUACGAUAACAGCAACGACGACCUGCAAACAGCUAUACAACUCAGCAAGGAAGAGGAAGAACUCAAACGUCUUCGAGAAUUGCAGAGACAACAACAAAUGCAACAGGCUCAAGGUGAGAUGUUUGGUUAUGGUCAACAGCCUCAGCAGCCAGCUCUUUAUUACGAUGUGUUUGGAAAUCCUAUCACCGCAGAAGAGUAUUUACAAUACCAACAGCAGAUGAAUGAACAGUUGGCACAACAACAACUUGCACAACAACAAUUUCUUGCGCAGCAACAGUAUCUGGCAAUGCAGCAACAACAAGAUCAGCAGGCUCUUGCACAACAGCAAUAUCUGCAGUCGUUGGCGCAACAACAACAACAACAACAACAACCGCUCGCCACUGGUUCUAACAAUCCAUUUGCGUUAGGUGCACAAAGCAAAACAACAGAGGCACCUUCCCCGCAACCCGUUCAACCUCCAAGAUCAGAGCAAAGGUUGCAAAACCUGCCUCCACAAAGUGCUAUGUCAGCUCCACAGCAGCCACUGAGGCAAACAAGAACCGGGAACCAGUCAAUUUCCGACAAAUACAGUGAUCUUAACAAUCUUUUGGCAUCAGGAAGUGGCCUGGACACUUUCGGUAAUACAGGCCAAACUCGUAUCCCAGCCCAACAUACAAAGACUGGGACAUUCAUCAAUUCCCAGGGCACUGGGUACAAACAAGUCACGAAUGAGGCCCCCCAGGGCAAGAAAAACCCAUUUUUGGCACAACAAUACACUGGCCUUCCAAGCACCUCCGUUGUUCCAUCAUACACUGGAUAUGGUUUCGGCAAUGGGAACGCCAAUAUUCAACAACAGCCCCACCAACAGUCGGCUACACACUUCGCCGGAAGUGGCACCGCCGACCAAGGUGUUAGUCUAAUUGAUUUAUGA